AUGGCCUCUCAAGAUCAAGUUUGGUGGAAGGAAGGUGUCAUAUAUCAAGUAUAUCCUGCCAGCUUUAAAGACUCAAAUGGCGACGGUCUAGGGGAUAUCCCCGGUAUCAAGUCCAAGAUCGACUAUCUCAAGGACUUAGGGGUGGACACAAUUUGGAUAUGCCCAAUGUAUGCAUCCCCUCAGCACGAUAUGGGCUAUGACAUUUCCGAUUACCAGUCUGUUCAUGCACCGUAUGGUACUGUUAAAGAUAUUGAUGAACUUAUUGAGGCUUGUCAUUCCCGUGGAAUGCGAUUGAUACUCGAUCUAGUAAUAAACCAUACCUCAGAUGAGCACGAAUGGUUCAAGGAAUCCCGGAGUUCUCAAGAUAAUCCCAAGAGAGAUUGGUAUAUUUGGAAACCUGCAAAAUUUACUGACGAUGGAGUUCGAAUGCCUCCAAAUAACUGGAGGAGCUUCUUUGGUGGUAGUGCCUGGGAGUGGGAUGAGGCGACGCAGGAAUAUUACCUUCACUUAUAUGCCGUGCAGCAACCUGAUCUUAAUUGGGAAAACGAAACAACACGAAAAGAGCUGUACGAAAACGCAGUAGAAUUUUGGCUACGAAAAGGAAUAGAUGGUUUCCGAAUUGAUUGUGUCAACAUGUACUCAAAAGUUACAGAUUAUCCAGACGCGCCCAUCGUCAACAAAGGUUUCGCGCAACCUGCCACCAAAUUCUUUUGUAACGGGCCUCGAAUUCAUGAAUUCUUGAGAGAAUUGAACACCGUUCUUUCGAAAUAUGAUACAGUGGCUGUAGGGGAGCUCCCAUUUACCCCUGAUUUCAAAGAGGCUUUGCGCUAUGUGAGUGCAAAAGAUAAGCAGUUAAGCAUGGUUUUGCAAUUUGAUCUUAUUGUCCUCGGCCAAGGGAAGUCAAUCAAGUUUGAGUAUGAAGAUUGGAAGAUCUCGCAAAUGAAGAAUAUUAUUGAGAAGCUGCAAACAUUCAUUGAAGGUACUGAUGGCUGGACCACUAGUUUCCUUGAGAACCAUGACCAUGGCCGCUCCAUCACCCGGCUCGCUUCCGAUGCACCAAAGUGGAGAGAGCGAUCAGCGAAAAUGUUGGCCAUAAUGUCGUGUGCGUUAACUGGAACGCUUUUUAUUUACCAGGGACAGGAGAUUGGUAUGAUAAAUGCACCCAAGGACUGGCCCAUUGAGGAAUACAGAGAUAUCGAAACAAUGAACCAUUACAAAGCAGUAACGACAGAUGAUCCAAAGACUCGGGCACAUGCUAUGAAAUGUCUUCAAAUUCUCGCUCGAGACCAUGGUAGAUUCCCUAUGCAGUGGAAUGAUUCCGAGCAUGCAGGAUUCUCAACUCAGGAACCAUGGAUGCGACCUCACCCAAGUUACCCAGAAAUAAACGUCGCAAAUCAAGUUGAAAACUCUUCUUCUGUUUUAAGUUUCUGGAAACGCAUGCUCCAAUUGAGAAAGCAGUAUAAGGAUAUAUUUAUUUAUGGAACGUUUAUUGGUUACGAUAUGGAAAGUGAGAAGACUUUUUCUUUUGGAAAAGCAAACAAAGCGAUGGUGUUUCUCAAUUUUACUGAAACGCCACAGGAGUUCCGGAUGCCAUCAGGUGGUAGUUGGGAGUUGCUUGUCAGUAAUGUAGACGGCGUAGAUGCGACAAAAAAUAUAUUAUCGGGCUAUGAGGGAAGGAUAUACUUGAACACAAAAGCUUUAGACGCAGAAGUACCAGCAAAAUGCAUGCCAGUUUUGUAA